AUGCGCCUAAGCGGCAAGGCCUUUGAAGAAGGCGGUGUGCGCCGCGUGUGCGCGCCUUACCUUUCCCCCCCGUUCAGGGAUCAUCCCGAACCCUCGGCUCUUCGUUCUUUUGCCUAUCGUCCGUCUUACAUCACGCGUCAUCGGUCGACUCGCUUCCCCGUGGGCACGUUACCCACGUCGACGUAGGCUCUCGCGCUAUCUUCGCGUCCGCGCGCGUGGAAUGCGGCCGGUAAAUAAAUAAAUUGAACACCGAUUCCCCCCCUUCCCCCGCGCCCGAGAGACUGUCAACAGACUGGGCCCCCGUCGUCGGAGCGACGACGAGAAAAAUCCGGGACAUCACCGUCCCCGAGAUGGUGACGGGCAACGAAGAUGCUUGAGUGAUUUGUCCCGCGUAUUUGGGUAUCGAUUGUGUGUGCGCGGCACGCUAGUUAUGUUCGAAACGUCGGGCACAGCUGAGAAGUGGAACGCCGCCGUCCCGUCGAGAUCGGAGCACGGAGCGACAAAAUGAGAGCGCCGCUCGUGUUUUGCGUCGCGGCAGUUUUUCCCACGAUCUUCGUAGCUUCCCGUGGCGACGAUGAGGAUCGCGAGAUACAAAAUUCCACGACGACGCGAGAUGUCGGGUGUAAGGAAGAUUGUACAAAAUUGUUGCUCGAUCAACUUUUUACGUCGGCCGUCUCGCCCGACGAGGAGGACGAUUACAAACGCAGGGGGAGAGUUCAUCCCUCGCGGAUCAAACGCCGUGCGACGCAUCGUCCUCGUGCGAAGCCGAACGCGAGGUCGAGAAACUCGACGAGGGGACCCGGGCGACGCGAUGUAGGUCGCGUUCCUGUUGUAAGAUCUUCCAACAAAACCGUUCUCUAUGAGAACAACGAGAGCGCCGAUGCAACGACCCUUUGGAAUCGCACGGACGAGAACGGCGACGAGGACGACGCACGAAUCUACGUUCGCGAAUCUUUUAAUUACGAUCCGUUUCACGAAGGACUGGAGUCUCUCCUGGCGAGAUUGAUCGAAGCGCUGGAGAACAAUUCCAGGGAGGACGAGCCCGACAUACUCAACUCGAGUGCCAUCGACGACGCGAGUGGCUUCGACGACGAGGAUCGCUGUCAGAAGUGGCUGAACAACCGGGAGAAGAUCGAGACAGCCUUUCCGGGAUCCGUCGCCGAUCUGCCGGGGUGCCCCUGCCUGUACCCCAACAGCAUCUUCUACAACAACCAGAUCUGGGACAGUAAGCGGGACAGGAAGUUUCGGUGGCGCGACGUGAGCCACGACAAGGAUCGGAUCGCUAUCUACAAACCCGGUGCCGUUUAUUGCGUGCAGACUCUACCGUCGCAGGAAAACGAGAGCGCUAUCGUCCAGCACUGUUGCUACGAUGAAAGCAGGCGGCUGCUGACCCGCGGUUCCGGCGCCGGCACGCCGUACAUCGUCAGCCCGGACGUUUCGCCUUUGCUGCACGACAAGAUCGACCUGCUGCCCUGGCGGCUCUGCAAGGGUGACUUCACGAGGUACAACGAAGUAAGAAUACCGAAUAAUGACAACGACUGCGAGAUAAAUCCGGAUAACGAAGAAUAUCAACAUCAAGUGGAAAGAGCGAAAAAUUAUUGAGAUACAAUAUUGUCUCUCGAUUGUACCAAAAAGAGCUAUACUUGCCUAAUCUCCACUUCAAUUGUGUUCUAAAAGAGAGUAGCAUAAUAAAUUUAUAUUUAUUUCCUUAAACAUUCUAGUUUUAUAUCAAUAAAUACCGUGUUGAAAAGACCACUUAA